AUGCCGUUAUGUAUGAUUGAUCCUAAAAAAGCUCGCUGGUAUGUAACAAAAGGUUUAGGUGAUCUGGUUAGUGAGGAUCCGUUGAUAGUUCGACUGAACUUUGAACCAGCUGGACGCCCCUUAAUGGAAACCCAAGAAGGAAAAUUUCGUUUACAAGAGCGUGAAAAUAUCUGCGUUGUGUGUGGAAAAGAUGAAUCUUAUAUUAGAAAAAAUAUUGUGCCGCAUGAGUAUCGUAAAUUUUUUCCAAACAUUUUGAAAUCUCAUGAAAACCACGAUAUUGUAUUGCUGUGUGUUGAAUGCCAUAGACUGAGUAAUGUUUUGGAUAAUACCUUACGAACUCAGUUGGCUGAAGAAUUCAGUGCUCCCAUUGGUUUUGAAAAUGGUGCUAAAGCUACUAUUGACAAUUCACGUAAAUCUGUCAAACAUGCAGCAAGUGCGCUUGUAAAGUGUCGAAACAAAAUGCCUGAAAAGAGAGUUACAGAAUUGGAAAACAUUGUCAAGGAGUACUUUCAGGUUGAAGAUAUUACUGUAGAGCAUCUUGAUGGGGCCAGCAACUUGGAUGUAAAGAUAUGGAAUAAGGAUUACCAGGCACAUAGUCAAGUUGUUUUUGAGGCUUACAAAAAAGUGGGAUUAGUCAAACUAGAGCAGCGAUGGCGAGAACAUUUCCUAACUUCUAUGAAACCAAGACAUAUGCCUGACUGUUGGUCUGUCACUCAUAAUGCUAUUAAAGUUCGUCAUAAAAUGAGUUCUUUGCCAUAUGACCAUCCAGACAGAGAAUUGUACAAAGUGGUCUUAGUAGGAACUGAUGGUUUUAUUGAUGUUCCUUACAGUCCAACAGAUAGGGAAAACUCCCCCAGUAAUGGAACACAAAGUGAAGUACUAUUUACCGUAUUACCUACUCUAGAUGAUACGGCAGCACAGUCCUCAUGA